AUGGCAUUGGUUGCAGGAAUGUUGAUGGACAUUGUUUCUCCUUUGUUUCCUUCAGCAUUUGUGUUCGUAGUCUGCUUAGGGAGCUUAUCAAGAUCAUUCACUGGUGUUGCAAGUUAUGCAACCAGAGCUGCUUUGACGCAACAUUUUGCUCUUCAGAAUAAUGCAGCAGAUAUAUCUGCAAAGGGUGUCACAGAAGAUAUCACAUCAUUUGUCUCUUUCGCAGCCCAUUCACUUGGACCACAAGAUCAAGCUUUCAGGGCUGGCAUUGCAUGCUAUGAUAUCUUGGUGGAUGUGCCCUUCCCUAUACAGAAGGAAUUCAAUGCUUUGCUGGCCAACACAGAGAAAACCAAAGAGAUUGAUGCUUGUGAUGAAGCAACUUGUACGGCCAUAAGGAAGAUCCAUGAGCAUCGCAACAGAUGGGCAUUCUUUCUUGGAUUCAACCAAUCACCAGUGGAAUUUAUCAAUACUUUGAUUGAAUCUCAAGGCAGAGACUUGAAGCUUACAGCAGGGCAAGCAAGUCGUAGUGCUGAGAAAGAGCAUCGAUUAAAUUUCUACAGGCAACCAUGCCUCUCAAAAGGCACAUCGAACACGCUAAGGGACAUUGAAAUGGUGCAAGAGGAUAUAUGGCAGUAUAUGAGGACUUUUCCCUCAAUUCUAUUCCAAGCAGUCAUAAGGAAGGAGAAUCAAUUGGCUUACCUUAUAGCCUCCAUGACCAGGAAUGGUUCCAUCCCUACACAGUGUGCUGUUAACCCACCUGGUAGAGUCAUACUGCUGGUGAACAAGGAAGCUAGAGAAUGA